CGGCGUGCUCACCCGUCAGUGCCGAUGGCGGCGCCCCCUCCCCCCCCCCCUAAAAGUGACAAGCACCGAAAGCUCUCUUUCCUGCCCUGGCAAGUGGUGGUGACAAGCUCAGGUCACCAGGAAGCAAAACCCUCCAAACUCACGCUUCGCUCCACCACCCAGACACCCAACGGCUGGUUCUUAGCUCGGGGUCUUUUUGCCCUCCGUACCCCGCAUCCCAUACUGCCGGCGUGGCUUCUGGCGCCCGUGUUGCGUGCGUAGGGAAACGAUUCGGAUUGGGGCCAAGCCAGCCCGUCUCGUCAUCACCGAGCUCUCCGUCGUCGGCGCUGCCACCGCUGCUUGGACCUGUGCAUCAUCCUGCAGGUCCGCCGCUGGCCGAGGCGCGAACGAUCUACCACGCAGCGUCAUGGCAUUCGUCGCUGUCGGCCGUACCACGCGAGUUGGCCUCGCCCAUUGGGGGACGUCAAGGGCGUUCUGCGCAGCCAUGUCUUCCCGCCGGCAAUUGUCCAGCUACCUCGUGUCACCAAAGGAGCUUCACGAGGCCCUCAGGAAGAACCCGCCAUCCCCCAUCAGCCCGGAUCCCCGUGUUAUUCCACUGUGCGCCUCUUGGUUCCUGCCCAACGAUGAGCGGACCGGCAUACAGACCUUCCGGGAGCAGCGCAUCCCCAAAGCCCGUUUCUUUGACCUCGACAAGGUCAUCGAUAAGCGCAGCCCCUAUCCUCACAUGCUGCCCGAUGCCAAGCGCUUCGCCGCCGCUAUGAGCGAGCUCGGCAUCCGCAAGGAAGAUGUUGUCGUCGUAUACGACACCAAGGAGCUCGGCAUCUUCAGCGCGCCCCGCAUCGGCUGGACACUCAAGGUCUUUGGCCAUCAGCACGUCCACAUUCUCAACAACUUCCGGCUAUGGGUGGAGGAAGGUCUGCCCACCGAGUCCGGAGAGCUGUACAGCGUCGAGUGCUGUCCUUACCCCAUCCCCGACUUCGACGCAUCCAAGGUGGCAAGCUUUGAAGAUGUCAAGGAGGUGGCUCAAGACCACAACAAGGAGGGUGCUGAGGGCGUCCAAGUUCUCGAUGCCCGGCCCAACGGUCGAUUUACGGGCAAGGACCCCGAGCCGCGGGAAGGUCUGUCUUCCGGACACUUGCCGGGAUCCAUCAGUGUCCCGUUCAGCGUCGUGCUGGACCCUGAAACGAAGGCUCUCCUCCCCGCCGAUAAGCUGAGGACCGUUUUUCAGGAGAAGGGCGUGGACCCGGAGAAGCCCAUCAUCUCGAGCUGCGGCACGGGCGUGACCGCAUGCGUCAUCGAGACCGGCCUGGAAGUCGCGGGAUACGGUUCUCCCGAGAAGCGACGGGUGUAUGAUGGAAGCUGGACGGAAUGGGCCCAGCGAGUCCGACCGUCGGACAACCUGAUCAGGAAGACGCAGUAAGCUGAAGGAGGCGGCGGCAGCAUCUUUGCGCCCGCAAGCCCGGGAAUGCGAUUGUACUCCAAGUCACGAUACCCUCUCCCCUAUCCCUGGAUUCCUCACCCCUCUCGGCCACGAAAGCACUGCCUAUAAUCCUCCAUUGGUGGCCGUGGCUCAACGCCCUCUGCCUGUCCUGCUUCAUUGCUGAACACGCGAUCCGUGUAUGAAACCGUGGCAGUAUUCAAGAGAAAUUUCUAUGCAC